UGGAUGAGAUGGGCAAUAUCCAAUGAGAACUUCUUUCAUCCGAAAAUUUCCUGCUGGAUCUCAACUUUCAUUCGAUAACUUUAUCGUUUAUCGCUACAUAUACAUGCUGCGGUUUUGAAGCGUCGAGAGAGCGUCGACCAUUCGAAUAUGCAAAAUAAUUCAAAUUUCACAUGGUGACAUUGAAAGCAAGCAAAAUAAGCAACAGCACGCGAUUACUUUCGAGUAACAUCGAGACAGUGAAUCAUUAAUAAUACUACGAAUACAAGCACGUUGCCGAUUUGCUUUUCUGGGGCGGAAAAAAAUACAUGUUUGGACGUAAAAAAAACAUGUCGAAAAAUACAAAAACAAGAAAACAUUCUCGAAGCAGCUUAUCCCCAAAGCCUUGCAGCACAAAAGUUCUCUGCAGUUGCAGAAACUGCAGAAGCUGACAAUCGUUCGUCAUUGCCAGUAUUUUCAUGAAAUAUGGCUUAUUUCAUCGGUGUUGACGUAGGAACGGGUAGUGCGAGAGCCGCACUUUUCAAUUCUGAUGGAACAAUAGUUAAAAGUGCUCUCAGAAAUAUUGAAAUUUUUAAUCCUGCUGCAAACUUUUACGAGCAGUCCUCUGAAAAUAUAUGGAAAUCAGUGGUUCAUGUUGUCAAGAUCGUAAAAUGUGGAAUUCCUGUAAAUUCCAUCAAAGGAAUCGGAUUUGAUGCCACUUGUUCUCUUGUAGCACUCGAUCAAUUUGGAUCGCCAGUUUCAGUCAGCUCUACUGGUAGAAACGAGCAAAAUGUUGUAUUGUGGAUGGAUCACAGGGCAGAAGCAGAGGCCAAUUACAUCAACACGCUUGGUCAUGAAUUAUUGCGUAACGUUGGUGGUAAAAUCUCUUUGGAGAUGGAAAUUCCAAAGAUAUUGUGGUUGAAGAAUAAUCUGCCCGAACAAUGGCAGAAGAUGAAAUUGCUUUUUGAUUUGCCGGAUUUCUUGACGUGGAAAGCUACGAAUUCUGAAACGAGAUCGCUAUGUUCCUUGGUUUGCAAAUGGAACUACAGAGCCAGUCCUGAUGCGAAGAACAGAUGGGAUUUCGAUUUUUUCGAUCAAAUUGGCCUUUCGAGUUUGAAGGAUGAUCACUGGCGAAGAAUAGGCAACGUAGUAAAAUUACCAGGCGAAGCAGUAGGCUCAGGUUUGAGCGCGAAGGCGGCCGCGGAACUCGAGCUCUGGGAAGGAAUGCCUGUCGGAUGUUCCUUGAUUGACGCCCACGCAGGUGCCCUCGGAAUGCUCGGCUGCAGAGCUCCGGGUAUAAGUGAUGACGUCACCACAAGAUUGAGCUUAAUUUGCGGUACUUCAACUUGUCAUAUGGCAUUGAGUGACAAAGGAAUUUUCGUCGAGGGUGUUUGGGGACCGUAUUUCAGCGCCAUUAUUGCAGAUUAUUGGCUCAACGAGGGUGGUCAAAGUGCAACUGGAAAGUUGCUCGAUCACAUUAUAGAAUCUCAUCCCGCAACUUCGCAAAUCCGAAUGAAAAUGGACUCCAAAAUGCAUGUACAACAAUACCUCACGGACUUGUUGCAAUCAAUGGCAACGAAAAAAAAUCACGCUGAUGUUGCAUUUCUUACAAAAGAUUACCACGUUUGGCCAGACUUUCAUGGUAAUCGAUCUCCUCUCGCUGAUCCCAGUCUUCAAGGAAUGAUUUCAGGACUUUCUCUGGCGAAUGACGAAGAAAAUUUGGCAGUUUUGUAUCUAGCGACUAUGCAUGCGUUAACGUACGGAACUCGUCACAUUUUGGAUGAGCUGACGAAAGCCGGUCACAAAAUUGAAACGGUAUUAAUCUGUGGUGGAUUAAGCCAGAAUUCCCUCUUCGUACAAAGUCAAGCUGAUGUCCUUGGACUGCCGGUGCUGAUACCAAACGAGCGUGAAUCUGUUUUACUCGGAGCAGCGAUUCUCGGAGCAUGCGCAAGUGGACAAUUCACAAAUUUCCAAAAAGCCAUGAGCUCCAUGGGCGGAAGUGGCACGGUCGUAAAACCGAACAAUAUUUCUUAUCCAUUCCACUGCCGGAAAUAUCGAGUUUUCCAAAAAAUGGUGAAGGAUCAAAAAGAGUACAGGAAAAUAAUGCACGAAUCGAUGUGACGACAGUGAAAAAUGUUGAUCCAGAAUAUUUAGAGAAUGAGGGCUUCUUCAACGUCCCUGAAAAUUGUAUUUCGAAUCCACAAUUCACGUUGCCCGAUAACAGGAUGUAUUCAAUUGAACUUUUUUUUAUGGUUUUUUGCUGGGGCAUUCCGAAGUUUGCCUCGCUAUUGAAAUACUUUGCAUUUCGUCAUUUGUGCUUGCAGAGAAAUUGUUUCUGUUAGAAAAGUCGUAUAAAUUCGAUGAUAUAUUUUAUCGACUACAAAAUAAUGUUCCACAAAUUGAUAAAGUUUCAAAGUGGAGCAGUCAUCGAACCGAGAACUUGAGUAAAUUGACUAAUUUGGAAACAUGGUACAUCAAAAAUGUGGAACUCGAUAGAAGUAGAUCAUUUUCUGCGAGUUUAUCGAACAGUGAAAAUGAAAUUGUUCUUCAAAGCCAACCGGGUCGAUGACUGACAAAAAACUUUAAUACAAAAUAUAAUUAACGACGAAA